UGUUACCCUCGAUCCCAUUCGAAUACUUUUUACUCUCAGUCAAUCAGGUGGAGAACGUUGUCUCAUCACACAGAGAGUAUCGCCUGAAGGUUCCGACGAAACUACCCUCCGAAGCACUGGGUGAUAUAUUUUUCAGUGUGUCUGCCGACGUUGGCAGGAAACCAAUCUACGGUCAAGCGUUGAGAAUCUGCGGUGAGUAUCAACGUCGACUUGGCUACCACGAAGUACAACGGAACGAAGCAAUGGAAAACCACGUUCUCCUGGUUUUGUUCAACUUUCUUCAGCAUGAAUGGGCUGACUUGCAGAAAGAACUGAAGAAGCUAACCGAAGCACGCCUGGAUUACGACAAGGCUCGGAACAAAAUCAAACGCUUGGAAAACCCCGACCGCGAGGCAAUCGAAAAAAUGGAAAAAUUACGAUUGACUUACGAGCAGCAACUGGAAUUUUUGCGAUUUAAGCUUUCAGAGCUCAAAGGCGUACAGCAAACACAUCUCGCAGCUCUGAAGGCUUUUGUCAACAUCCAGACAAAGUACUUCACCAAGUGCAAGAUUCACUCGGAAGAGACGGCAUCGUUGUUGGAGCAGCUGGGUACGAAUGAACCCAAGUCUUCCACUACUUGA